GGGCCCCCUACUGGCCUGGGCCCCGUACAGGAGGACUAGUGUGCCACCUGUCAGUGUCCAUCAGUGCCAGCUGUCAGUGCUCAUCCAUGCCACCUGCCAGUGCCCAUCAGUGCCACAUCAAUGCCACAUUUCAGUGCCUACCAGUGCACAUCAAUGCCACAAAUCAGUGCCCAUCUGAGCUGCCUUUCAGUGUCACCCAUCAGUGCCAGUCAGUGCCACCUAUCAAUGCCAGUCAGUGCCACCUAUCAGGGCUGCCAAUUUGUGCCGCCUAUCAGUGCCAGUCAGUGCCGCCUAUCAGUGCCAGUCAGUGCCGCCUAUCAGUGCCCAUCAGUGCUAUCAGUGCCGCCUAACAGUGCCAGUCAGUGCCACCUAACAGUGCCAGUCAGUGCCGCCUAUCAGUGCCAGUCAGUGCCGCCUAUCAGUGCCACCUAUCAGUGCCAUAUAUGAGUGCUGCCUUUCAGUGCCCAUCAGUGAUGCCUGUCAAUGCCCAUCAGUGCCACCUACCAGUGCCUCCUCAUCAGUGCCCAUCAGUGCCACCUAUCAGUGCCCAUCAAUGCAGCCUCAUUAGCUCACAUCAUGAAGGAGAAAAAUCACUUAUUUACAAAAUGUUAUAACAAAAACUAAGAAAAUAUUUUUUUUUCAAAAUUUUCAAUGUUUUUGGUUUGUUUAAGAAAAAAUAA